AGGCUCUUUUUCGGUCAGAUGGCGUGCUGCAGUCCGCCCCCGUCAUUCUCCAGCCCACACAGACAGGGCAGCCAGCAACCAAUACGCUGCGCCGGAGGAGGAUUUCUGCCAGUGAUUUCAGACGAAGUACGAUACGCAAAGGGGAUUUACUACGCCAAUCUGAGCCGGGGAAGCGUUCGGCAAAAGGUAACAGGUUUCACUCCGGGAGUACUGACCUGUGAUAUCUGUGGUUUGGAGAGACACAUCACCCUCACCUUGUCCUCUGUGCACAUCUGUCUACUGACCUGAAGAAGAGCUGUGUGCAAUGUCUCUGCCACGCACACUUGGGGAGUUGCAGCUCUAUCGGGUGCUGCAGAGGGCCAACCUGCUGGCCUAUUAUGAAACCUUCAUCCAGCAGGGCGGUGACGAUGUGCAGCAGCUCUGUGAGGCGGCAGAGGAGGAGUUCCUGGAGAUCAUGGCACUAGUUGGCAUGGCCACCAAGCCACUGCAUGUGCGUAGGCUCCAGAAGGCCCUCCGAGACUGGGCGGCGAACCCUGCCCUCUUCAGCCAGCCCGUCUCCAACGUUCCUCUCGGGGGCAUCCCGUUGUUCAAAGUGGAUGGGACGGGCAGCGGCGGAUCAGGGCCCAGGAAGUCUGUGAGCAACGGGCAGCCGGGGUCACCGUGUGAAAGGGAAGAUCGGGCGUGUCUUACUCCAAUGCACAGUGGGAGUCCAAGAAGCCCCUGCUCCCAGGCCUCGCCACAGCCGCCAGACACACACUACAGGGAAAAACUGUCCCCCAUGGACCCACACUGGCUCAGCCCGGAGCCUGAUGGGAACUGCACUUUGGCAUCCGCAUCUGGGAUAGAGGAGGAGCCGCCCAGCCCGCCUCUGCUGUCAACAUGUCCUCCAGGUCCCUCCACGUCUCCCAGCCCCUCCGCUUCUUUCGCCCCAACGGCCCUGUCAGCCUGGCCCGGAGGACAGCUGGACGGGGAGACGGCGAGGGCGGUGGUGGAGAGCGUGGAGAGGCUCCUCAGGACCCUGCCCAGGUCAGAUCCUGCAGAGGUGAAAACUCUGCUUAGGAUGAACAAGAAGAUGGCAAAGACUGUGGGACACAUCUUCAAGAUGGGGACCCAGGAUGUGAACAAAGAGGAAGAGAUCCGGAAGUACAGUCUCAUUUACGGACGCUUUGACUCCAAGAGGAGAGAGGGGAAGCAGCUCACACAUCACGAGUUGAUCAUCAAUGAAGCUGCAGCCCAGUUCUGCAUGCGCGACAAUGCCCUGUUGCUGAGACGGGUGGAGCUCUUCUCUCUGGCUCGGCAGGUGGCGAGAAAAUGUGCCUACACCUCCACGCUAAAGCACGCAAGGACAAAUGCAGAUGAGAACAGCGUGCUGUCUGUGAAGAGAGCGAGACACGAGGUAAUCGUACCUGAGAGUGUGUCAUCUCUACUCGGAGUGGAGGGUUCAGAGGGCUUGACCCAGAGGGCAGAUGAUGACAGCUUAUCUGCAGAAAGCCUUGACAGCGUGUCACAUGACAUCGGCUCACAGUGCAACCAGUCUCCGUCCCCUCGUCCCCACACCGACACGUCCAACCCCGCCAGCUGGAGUCGCCAUCUCAUACAGCAAACGCUAAUGGACGAAGGGCUGCGAUUGGCUCGGAUGGUGUCACAUGAUCGGGCUGGCAAGAUCAGCCUGGGGUCAGAACGAACUCACUCUACAGACCAUGACAUCAAAGUGGAGAGGCGGAGCUCGAUAACAGCGUGCAGGAGCAGCAGCCCGUGCAUCACCAAAGACGACUCUAAUCACCGGGGGAAAUGAAAAGCUUUUGUCAGGGAACUUGUCCUCAGGCCUGCCGCUUUACACCACCCAGAGUCUGCUGCACAGGCUGCUACUGAGACUGACAUCUGAGGAGGAGAAGACUAAAAAAAUCAAUACAGUAAUUGUCCGAAUUUACCAGCAACUGAUCAUAAACCUGCAGUGACUUCUGAAAGCGUGGAUCAAAAAUGUUCUGUUUUUACUUCAUAUUCAGUAAAAAAAAAAAAAAAAAAGUAGGGGAGACACUUUU